GCGCGAAAUCCGAAAGAUAAGAGAGGAAAGAAAGAAGCUUCUUGCUGCUCAGGAGCUGCAGCUGCUGCGGCAAGACAGGGAAAAGGUAAUGGACAUGAGGGAGCAGCGGCUGCUGACCAGCAAAGUCGAAACUCUUUACAAGUUGGGCCGAAAUGCAGAAGCCGAGGCCCUCGCGGAGCGCCUGAAGCCCGACGCCUGA